UAUAGUUUGUUGCACCAUUCUUCACCUUCUCCUCAGCCAGGUGGCCAUCAUUCUCCACAGUCUGUACCCCAGUUAUACUGUAACUAUGAUGACUCAGCGGGCUGAAGACAUUCGAGAGAGGAUUACCCAGUACACUACUGGUAAUGUGCUUGGGUAUGAGCGGGUAGCUCUGCAGCUCUUUGGGAUGACGGGGCAUGGGAAGUCAUCCCUCAUAAACUCGUGUGUGUGCGUGGUGAGGAAUGAGGAGUAUCAGAACCUGGCCGGAGCUGGUGUAUCAGAUGGAUCAAUGACGACCAGCAGACAUGAACAUGUGCUUACAGACUCUCUGGUUAUGGUUGAUAACCGAGGAUUCCAUAAACUUAAGUGGGAGGAGAUCGUGGAGGCCUGCGCCCAGCUCCGCUCCUUAAGAGACAUUGGAGAAGUGUCCUGGAAAAGGGACAACCUGGAAGAGACCUUAAGACAGCUUCCAAGCAAGUACACAAAUCGUCCUGCAGAUUUCAUUUUGCCAGUGUUGGUCUACAGGGCGACCUUUAUUUUGAAUUCUGAAGACCUUUCCGCCAUAGAAAAACUGAUCACAAAUUCCUUCAAAAUUACAGGAAUUCACCCUAUUGUUGUGAUCACCGACUGCACCUCAGACAAGACUGAUCAAAUUAUGAAGAAGUUUGGAGCCCUUGGGGUAAUGAAGAGAAUCUACCUGGAGAACUACACUGAGAACAGCUGUGACCGUACGGAGGAAAAAGAUCAAAAGAUUCUGGAAUUUGUCAACAUGUGCAUCAAAGAGGCGGAACGUGGCCUGAGGAUGAGGCAGAAUGAGGAUCGUCAGACAAAAUUCAUCACCCAGGCUACUAAUCAGAUAAAACUUGAGUCUGAUAUUUUGAGAAGAGAAAUUAAAGACUUGAAAGGUUCUGUGAAAGGGGGCAGGUGUACACAAUCUUAAAAAGAGUUCUGCCAAAAUAAAUUAGGAAAAGCUAAGGGCUAAUGUACAUGGCGUGUACAGCCAUAGGAAGCAAAGGUCAGAUUUAUUAGCCAGUGGUCUGGUGUCCAAAACUUGUAACUGUUUGUGCUAAUCUUAGUGUUCACACCCCAUCCGAGAACGAGCCGGGAGAAGAAUACACUUAGGCUAGGUUUCCGCACAGGUUUUUCAGAUGUUUUUUUGGAAAUCUGCCACUGCAGUUUUUGAGCCAAAGUCAGAAGUAGAUCCAGUGGGAAG